CCUCUGCACUUUGAGGCCGACAGCGGGGAAGGAGGGAUGGUGGUGGGAGGAUGCAUGAAGUUGAAGUUCAUUAGCGCUUACCGCAUGCGUUAUCUUAGCGGACGCCCGGCGUCCUAGAAUAUGGAUACAUCCAUAGAUGGAUGUUCACGAGUGCAAAAUUGGCUAGUGGCUAGUGUAGUGUCAUCGCCCGUAAUCAUGGCUUGGCACACCACCACCACUACCACCACAUCGCAUCUGAGCAUUCGCGAAAUGACUGACAGCGUAGUGGGCACAGGCGCCAUAUGGAUCGCAAAACUGUUGUGGCUUAGUUUUCAAGCCAGCGCGUUCUUCCGCACGCCUGCUCCGAUCCCGACACGUGCUGGAACCGCCCUCGAGUACUCUCCGAAGUCCUCAACGUCUCCCUGCAGUGAAGGGACGAGUCCCUUCGCUGAUGCCGAUCCCCACUCCGGUCGCAAUAAGCCAUGUGCUAGGGAGCGCAACUUGCGGCGCGGCGUGGCGUGCUGAUGCAAUGUAGACAUAGCGGUUUGCUACACUGUAUCACGAAGUUGUAGGAUGCAUAUCUCGAGACUAAUCACGGUUUAGCUAGAAAAAAAAUGUAAUAUUUGUGGGCCAUAAACGUAGACGACAACGGUAGCAAUCUUCCAAGUAGUACAGGAGAUACGACGCCGGCGUGUCAGAGGAAGAGAAAAGGAGAGG